AGCCGGCGCGGUCAUGUGACAUCACGUCGUGCGCCCAGGCGAAGUGGUGGGGUGGCUGAUACCCUGGGGUCUCGGCGCGGUUGCCAUGGGUCCGCGGGUGCAGCUCCCGCCAGAAAUCCAGCUGGCGCAGCGCCUGGCAGGGAACGAGCAGGUGACCCGAGACCGGGCGGUGAGGAAACUUCGGAAAUACAUUGUCGCCAGGACUCAGCGGGCCGAAGGUGGUUUCACUCAUGAUGAGCUGCUAAAGGUGUGGAAAGGACUGUUCUAUUGUAUGUGGAUGCAGGACAAGCCACUCCUCCAGGAGGAACUUGGCAGGACCAUUUCCCAGCUCAUCCACGCUUUCCAGAGCACAGAGGCACAGCACCUGUUCCUUCAGACAUUCUGGCAAACCAUGAACCGCGAGUGGAUGGGCAUCGAUAGGCUGCGCCUGGACAAGUUCUACCUGCUCAUGCGGAUGGUCCUGCACGAGUCACUGAAGGCCCUGAAGACACGCGGAUGGGACGAGAGACAGACCGAGCAGCUGCUGGAGCUGCUGAUGACGGAGAUCCUGCACCCCGACAGCCAGGCCCCCAGCGGAGUGAAGAGCCACUUCGUCGAGAUCUUCCUGGAGGAGCUGACCAAAGUGGGCGCCCACGAGCUGACGGCGGACCAGAACCUCAGGCUCAUUGGGCCCUUCUGCACGGUUGCCGCCCGGACUCAGGACUCCCUGGUUUUGCACAACAUCACCCGAGGCAUCUUUGAGGCGAUUGUGGAACAGGCCCCGCUGGCCAUCGAGGAUCUCAUGAAGGAACUGGAGGAGGAGCAGGACGGGGACACGCCGUCCAGGGAGCCCCCUGAAGGCUCCGUCAGUGGGGCUGAGCCUGACCCGGGCCAGGAGCAGGCGGGGGACGACGAGGAGGAGGAGGACGGCGCCGGCACCAUCCUCCAGUUCGACUACGAGGCCGUUGCCAACAGACUGUUCGAGGUGGCCAGUCGCCAGGACACCCCUCCGCAGAACCGGAAGCGCCUCUACAAAGUGAUCCGGAAGUUGCAGGCCCUCUCGGAAGGUGAGCAUUGGGCCGCCAGGCCUAGACGGCAUCUUGUCCUCUUGGGAGUGGAUCGGGUGGCGUGUUCUCGCACAGCGUGGAUGGGUGCACAGAGGCCGGAGGUGGUGUUUCUCUGGGGGAGGCAGGCUGCGGGCCUCAGCGGCCCUUGUCCUAGUGAAGCCCGGGGGAUCUCAGGGCUGAGUGUGCGGGAGGGGCUGACCUGGCACCCAAGGACCUGCAUUUCCAGUAAGUGCCCAGGCCCGCCGCCCUGCUGCUUGGCGCUGCUGCGCCCAGCUCCACUUCUCGGUGUGUGGCUGGUGGAGCCGGCGUGGCUUGUUCUGAAAGGCAGUUUCCUAGAAGGUUUAAGAUAGAAGAUGUAAGCGUUUUUCCCCCAACAUUUCAUUAUAAAACAUUUUAGACACGUGGCAAAGUCGUAAAGGACGUUACAGUGCAUACCUGCAUGUCCACCACCUCGGUUCCGCCAUCAGUUUAGUGGACUUGUUUUCCCGUGUUUCUGCCUCCCCCCCGCCCACCCCUCAGUCAGGUUGUACUCCCAAAUACUUCAUGCUGGGGUAGUGUUUUUUAGGUGAAAUGUACGUUCAGUGGAACGCACGAAUACUGGGUGCAUCUGGUGGGCUUAGACUGACGCCCACACCUGUGUGACUCAAACCCACCGGGACCCAGAACGGUCACCUGCCCCUUUCCAACAUAAGCGUCUGUAGGAUGGAGCGAGACGUGUCCCAGCGCUGCAGGAACCGGCUCUUCCGGGCGCCGUCUGUCGCUGCCCAGGGAGCUGCCCGCAGCUGUGGCGGAGUCCGGCCGGGGCCUCCUUGCCCGCAGUGGUGCUGGUGGCAGUGGACACACAGACCGCAGCCUCUCAGCCCACAGCCUCC